AGGAUGAGCGCUGAUCUGGAGCGCGUUUCGCUCAACACAUCGGUGAACUCGGCCGGCUCGGGCGGCCGUGCGCUUUCGGCAAACGUCCGGAGGCUCCACAACACUCUCAACCUGCUGCUCAGCGACCUGGAGAGAGAGCAGUUCAUCCACUGUCUCAAUGUGUACCACGCCAAGCGCAACGUCUUCGACCUGGUCCAAACUCUUAAAGUAAUUCUUAACACGCCCGGCAAACGACAGCUGCUGCCCAUGCUGCGCCUGGUCAUCCCGAGGUCCGACCAGCUGCUGUUUGACCAGUACACCUCCGAGGGACUCUACCUGAAGACAGAGCUGCUCCCCAGCAACGGUAGCGCGGAGGGCUUUGGAGAUGAGGGCGACUCGACUCUGCAGAAAUAUGUCAGCUCCAUCCAUGAACAGCCCCUCACCUCAGGCUGUCCGGACGGUUACAGCGCCGCCGCGGAGUUGUCGGCUUCCAUGACCCAGCCGUUUUUCGAGGGUCACUUCGGUGAAGUGCGCAAAGUCACCCUGACGCGCUCCAGGAGCCACGAGGGUCUGGGCUUCAGCAUUCGCGGGGGGUCGGAGCACGGCGUGGGGAUCUAUGUGUCCCUAGUGGAGCCUGGCUCAUCGGCCGAGAGAGAAGGACUGAGGGUGGGAGACCAGAUAGUGACCGUGAACGACAUGAUGUUUGACAAUGUCACUCACAUAGACGCGGUUAAGGUGCUUAAGGGAUGCAAGAAGCUGUCCAUUUCAGUGUGUUCCAUGGGUCGGAUCCCUGGAGGCUACAUCACCAACCAUGUGUACAGUUGGGUGGACCCUCAGGGACGGAGUGUCUCCCCGCCACCUGACAGCCAGGAGGCCAACCAGUGGCAAGGACAUGGCAUGGAGGAGAGGACGGUAAACCUGAAUAUGGACGACGGUCGCUCUCUGGGCCUAAUGAUCAGAGGUGGUGCUGAGUAUGGACUGGGGAUCUACAUCACUGGAGUGGACCCUGGAUCUGCUGCAGAUGCUGGUGCAUUAAAGGUGGGUGACCAGAUCCUGGAAGUGAAUGGUCAGAGUUUUGUCACCAUCUCCCACGACGAGGCAGUUCACAUCCUCAAAACAGGACACCACCUGCUGAUGAAAGUGAGGGAUGUGGGUCGUUUGCCUCAUGCACGCACAGUGGUUGAUGAGACCAAAUGGAUCUGCAGUCAGGCCAUAGCUGAGACCAAUGCUACAGCUAACCCAAGUUCUGUUAUGAACCCCACUGUCAAUGCUGGCGUCCACGUUAGUGUCAGUGCCAGUACCUGCAGUACAAGACCAUCUUCAGGCAGAGCCACACCUGUAUUAGGAAAGCCAGCAGCAUACAGAGGUGUGGGCCCACCAGGUGCUCAGGUGUCCCUGGAGCAGCAGGCCUACAUGCUGCUAACGGAGCCAGAGAGGCAGACCAUGGCCUACUACCUGCAGGAGUACCAGGAGGGACACAUAGGAGUGGAGCCGCUGGCCAUGGCUCUGUUUGAGCUCUUCAACACACAUGCAAAGCUGUCCAUGUUGUCUGAGGUGAGGAGUCUGGUGGCUCCCCAGGACCUGGAGUUAUACGACAGGCUCGUGUUGCACCGUGAGAGGGAGGCCAACCAGGCCUGGCAUGGAGGCCUAGGAGUGAUGCACCCACAGGGCCACUGCAACCACUUGUCCACUGUGAUCCAUGAUGUGGGAAACACAGUCCCUGCUACGACUGACAGCUCUGUUGGUGGCUGGACAGAAAAAGACCAAGAGGAGAACACUAAUACCUUGAAAAACAUUUCACUGGAUGAAAUGCAGGCUUCAGGUGAAUCUCCUAAAUUCUUCAGGGCUGCCCCUCUCCAGGCUCAGAACAGGCCGCCCAGGGAGAAGGAGCUCAGCCGGAAGCCUUCAGCCCGUCGGGUGCAGCCCGGCUCCAGCCUGCUUUUCAGUGGCCCCACCCGGCUGCUCCAGGACUGCCUCCACAAGUCACUCAAAUCCCUCCCCACCAUCCAGCAGCCCUCACCAACCUCUGCCCACCACACAUGCGCUGGUGCCAGCUACCACACUUCCCUCAAUGCACUCCAUCAUACCUGCCAGAGUUCCCCUCAACUCUCUGACUCUGAACACCACAACCAUCUCCACUUCGCUCAUCACUUCCACCCCCAUGCUGCCCACGGCCGGCCUAGUUCAGGACACCACACCUGCCCGGGCUUUCUGCAUCAUCGGGACUCCUCCGGCUCUGCUAAGCCAGAGGCAUCUGUCAAGCUCACUUGCAGAUCCAGCUCCUAUGAGAAGUCCUCCAUCUUGUCAAAGUCUGCGUCCUCUUCCAAAGCAGCAUCUCCCAUACCAUCGCCUCAUCUAUCACCCCACCCCUCACCAUGUCCCUCUCCAUGCCCCUCUCUCAUUACACCUGCUGCUCCGCCCUGUAGUCCUGACCAGCCCUGCUCACCUGCCCUCACCCAGAAGGUCAUCAUAACAGACAUGAACCGGCUGUCUGCAGACUCCAGACCACAGCAGAGAGGGGCCACCCUGUCCCAACUGUCUGAUAGUGGCCAGACUCUGAGUGAGGACAGCGGUGUGGAUAUAGCCGAGGCAGGAGGCCUCAGUAAGGACGGCAGCCCUCGACCUAGCAAGAACCAGCAAGGCCAUCUGGAACAGCCAGGGGCCCAUGCGCCUCCUCCAGGGUCCACCAGACAACAGACAAGCUCACCGGUCCCAGUUCCCACUGCUACCUUGGUACGAGUGGUGAAAAAUGCCAACACACUUGGCAUCGCUAUAGAGGGGGGUGCCAACACACGCCAACCUUUGCCGCGCAUAGUAACCAUUCAGAAAGGAGGCUCAGCUCAUAACAGCGGUCAGCUGAAGGUGGGUCACGUUAUCCUGGAGGUCAAUGGCAUUCCCCUGAGAGGACGGGAGCACAAGGAUGCUGCCCAGAUUAUAGCCGAGGCCUUCAAGACCAAGGAGAAGGACCACAUUGACUUCCUGGUGGUUGAGCCAGGACUCUAGUAUGAGGACUCUGCACUUUAUGCGGGUUGGCUGAAGAGGACAAUGUUUUCCUGCUUUUAGGAAACUGUAUGAACUUCACAUGAUGUUGUCCUAUAAUCAUGGCCCUCAUUUUGUUUGCAGGGAGAGGAUUGGUAAAAGAUAUUUGUUGACUGCACUCUACUGAGAUUUGCACAAUUUAAAUUUAGAAAAUAAUAAUAUAAUUAAUAUCUGCCAUAGAAGUCAUACAUGCAUCAAAUGAUAUUUGCAUCGGUUUCAUUAGUCUUCAAACCCUGAAACCCUGAACCAGGAGGACUGGGUUAGUACUGAUAUUGUGGUUGUCACACCCAGUAAUAUCAAAAACAGCCAAUUGUCUUACAGUCAGGAAGUCAGUGUUCAAGUGUCUUGUAUUUUUUGUUCUUGCGACAAUUUUUGGAGAGGCAGUGCUGCUCUGGAGGCAGAUGUAGCUCUUAAAGGAUAAAUUGGUUAAAUUCUAGCAAGGACCUUAUCUUUUUCAUUUUCAUCUCUGUCACCAAGAAUAACAUUGUACUCUCCAAUUAAACACUGUGAUGUUUUAACAUGCAGACAAACCGGGCAGCAAACUCAACCAGACAUGUUGAAAACAAGUAAACAGUUUAGCCAGAUAAGAUACUGCUUCUUUUGGAGGUAAAACCAAAAGUGAACACACCUGAAUCAAAGUGCAUUCAGUAGAGUGGGGAUCUCUGACAGGUGGCUGCGCUGUGGACGCCAGAGCUGAUCGCAGCCACUCUAGACAUGUGGCACAACUGUGCCCGGUGGAAUUGUCUGCAGCUCCCUGAAGCUCCUUUGACCGAAUAAGUAAGAUGUCUAAAAAAGAGGUAACCACUGUAAUAUUUUCACUGGGCUCAAUUGUGGUUUACUGUUUACUUACCUGUUUUCCAGCCCAUCAGUGACCGUACCUGACACAUCACCCAAAAAAAAAAAAAAAGGCAUCCUCUCCAGUGGAUGGUAUGUAUGCUAUGUGAUUUUGUUGAGGUCCUGCAGCCCCCACUGGCUGGUUAAGAGAAUUGAUGUGUCAGCAGUCAGUGACAAUAUAAAACAGUCAGUAAAACAGGUUUUUCAACAAUUGUUAAUCAUUUCCACCACAAGAGGUCCUUGAGCAUGCAGUCACAAAAGUGCAUGCAAAAUAUUAGGCUGAUUGGUCUGGUAGUUUGCGUGAUUAGUUGCAGACAGACAAAUACACACAUGCAUGAAAACACACACACAGACACGAUCAGAGAGUGAUAAAAAUCUGUCCUUGCACUGGAACUAGUUGUGCACAUUGCUACUGACAUCUCAGAUGUGUUCACUUUUGGUUUUGACUCAAAAUAAUGUGGUAGCUAAUCUGCCUGAAGUAAUGGGUUUGUUUACAACCCGUCUGCACACCCUACCACUUACGUUUCUUGUUUUUCUGUCGCACUUCCUUCAAUGUCACCACAUUUUGAGAUGUCAGCAAUCAAUUGGGUGAGAAUGUUCGAACUUUUAAAAACUG